AUGUCUCUUGCGCGAAAAGCUCCGUUCGAGGCGGUGUGGGAGAACCGGGAUAUCGUAUGCAAGUCCUCCGUCCAGCUCAUCACAUCUAACCAACUCGGCCUGAGAUUCCAGCCCCCCUCCCCCUCUUAUCCCGGCGAUGAGAUGAUCGAGACGGCCAUCGUGAAGCAUGGCUUCUGGGCAAAGCCCACUUGGCGCCCCCUCUUGGUAUUGUUCACUCGCACUCAGUGGUCGCCAUACAGAGCUCGAUCCGCGUGCAUGUUUGGGGGCGAUGUAAAGGACGUGAGUAUCGGCACGCCCAGCGAGUGGGUGUCCAUGUAUCCAGAAGUUGGGAUAGUCGCCCAUCCCCAGGGAAUAUGA